UGGUGUCUCGCGAGAUUCGUGUGUCAAGGACGCUCUCAGCCUUGUUUGUUUUGUCUCAGUGUCGCGAGAGCCCGUGCAACGGGCUCUGGGCGACCCCGUGCGUGAGUGCGCGGAGCUCCCAAGCAGCCAGACGCGGCGGGCGCCAUUUCAGGGAGCAGUCGCCGCCGCCACCAGAGCUGGCCCGAAGCGGCCUUUAGUAUCCGAGCCGCCCCCUUUUCUGAGGGACUCGCCGCCGCUGGGCCUAUCCCCGUCCCUAGUGCCACCGGAUCCCGGGCACCUGAGCCAGAAGCGCAACCCACAGCAGCGCAGGUGUCCUGAAAAAUGGCUGACGAUAUUGAUAUUGAAGCAAUGCUUGAGGCUCCUUACAAGAAGGAUGAGAACAAAUUGAGCAGUGCCAAUGGCCAUGAAGAGCGCAGCAAGAAGAGAAAAAAGAGCAAGAGCAGAAGUCGCAGUCAUGAGAGGAAGAGGAGCAAAAGUAAAGAGCGCAAACGAAGCCGUGAUCGUGAGAGGAAAAAGAGCAAAAGUCGGGAAAGGAAACGCAGCAGAAGCAAAGAACGCAGACGUAGCCGCUCUAGAAGUAGAGAACGUAGAUUCAGAGGCCGCUAUAGAAGUCCAUAUUCUGGUCCAAAAUUCAACAGUGCUAUCAGAGGGAAGAUUGGUCUGCCUCACAGCAUCAAAUUAAGCAGACGGCGCUCCAGAAGCAAAAGUCCAUUCAGAAAAGACAAGAGCCCUGUUAGAGAGCCAAUUGAUAAUUUGACCCCUGAAGAGAGAGAUGCUCGAACAGUGUUCUGUAUGCAGUUGGCUGCAAGAAUUCGGCCAAGAGACUUGGAAGAAUUUUUCUCUACUGUAGGAAAGGUUCGUGAUGUGCGGAUGAUCUCUGAUAGAAAUUCAAGACGUUCCAAGGGAAUUGCUUAUGUAGAAUUUGUUGAUGUUAGUUCAGUGCCUCUGGCAAUAGGACUAACUGGACAGCGUGUUCUGGGAGUACCAAUCAUAGUACAAGCAUCGCAAGCAGAGAAAAACAGAGCAGCAGCAAUGGCCAAUAACCUACAAAAAGGCAGUGCUGGGCCCAUGAGACUGUAUGUAGGAUCAUUACACUUCAACAUAACUGAAGAUAUGCUUCGUGGAAUCUUUGAACCAUUUGGUCGGAUUGAAAGCAUUCAGCUGAUGAUGGAUAGUGAAACUGGACGCUCCAAAGGAUAUGGAUUUAUUACGUUCUCCGAUUCAGAGUGUGCCAAAAAAGCAUUGGAACAACUAAAUGGAUUUGAGCUAGCUGGCAGGCCAAUGAAAGUAGGUCAUGUAACAGAACGCACUGAUGCUUCCAGUGCUAGUUCAUUUUUGGACAGUGAUGAACUGGAAAGGACUGGAAUUGACUUGGGAACAACUGGUCGUCUACAGUUGAUGGCAAGACUUGCAGAGGGUACUGGUUUGCAGAUUCCCCCAGCUGCACAACAGGCUCUGCAGAUGAGUGGAUCUUUAGCAUUUGGUGCUGUGGCAGAUUUGCAAACCAGACUUACCCAGCAGAAUGAAGUUCUGGCUGCAGCUGCUUCUGUACAACCACUUGCAACACAAUGCUUCCAGCUUUCCAAUAUGUUUAACCCUCAAACUGAAGAAGAAGCUGGCUGGGAUACAGAAAUUAAGGAUGAUGUUAUUGAGGAAUGUAACAAACAUGGAGGAGUUAUCCACAUUUAUGUAGACAAAAAUUCAGCUCAGGGCAAUGUGUAUGUCAAAUGCCCUUCAAUUGCUGCUGCCAUUGCAGCUGUCAAUGCAUUGCAUGGAAGGUGGUUCGCAGGUAAAAUGAUUACAGCAGCAUAUGUUCCUCUUCCAACAUACCACAAUCUUUUCCCUGAUUCCAUGACUGCAACCCAGCUACUGGUUCCUGUUCGACGAUGAAGAUGGAUUUCGUCAGUUUUGUAUAUAACUAUUUUUUGGAGGAAGAUUGAGUUAUCUUUUAUUUAGAUAAAACUAAAGGAAAGGGUUUAAUGUCAUUUUGUGUACACUUCCCGUUACCUUUUAAAAAAUAAAAACUGAGUAAGCAGGAAUGCAGUGUGCUCAUUCUCCCUAACUAGCAUUCCCACUGUGUACAAAGCUGUUGACUUCUUGUUCUGCCUUGUAAUUCUUGUACAUUUACUAAGGUGUUCUGUAGGAACUGAGAAGUAGCUCAUAGAAACGAAUUUUCUGUAAAAGGCAGAUGGGACAUAAUGACAUUUUUAAUGUUUCACAAGCCUUUCUUUUAAUGCAGUAAUUACAUUUUACAUUUCACUAAAUAUAGGUGCUCUGUUAAAGGUCAAUAUCUGAUAGAAUUUAUGAAGGGACAUAUUUAGUGUUUUGUAUAAAUGGAGAAUUCAAAAGGCUACUGAAUGAGCUGGUUUUGGUCAGCUACACAGCUUGUUUUAUGCCGAACAGUUGGUGAGAAUGGGAGGAUUCAAGCAUUUUAUUUCUUGAUGGCAACUUUUGAUUGAUGUAUCUGUAAAAGUUUCUUUGUAAAUACUGUGUGAGGUGUGUCUAGGGUUCCAAACAAAACACUCUCUGCAUUUCCAGAGAAAAAUUGAAUUGAAUACAGGUAGUGUGCACAGUUUAAUGAUACUCAGCAAAGCCUAAGAAUAAGUAGAAAAUGCAGAAAUAUGUUUUGUCUGGUUGCAUAUAAUCUUUGCUCUUUUUAAGCUCUGUGAGCUCUGAAAUAUAUUUUUGGGUUACUUCAGUGUGUUUGACAAGACAGCUUGAUAUUUCUAUCAAACAAAUGACUUUCAUAUUGCAACAAUCUUUGUAAGAACCACUCAAAAAUAAAAUUCUCUUAAAAAGGC